GGACUUUGUUUAAAUUGUUAUUUAUUUCACGAAAUAAGAGUUUAGAAUGGCACGCGACUCAAUUCUAACAUGGAUGCGAAGCUUGGGGGAAAAAGGGCGACAAAAUGAACUGGAAUUGCUAAUUCAAAACACCCCCAUUGAAGAGUUGAAGAAUACUCUAAAAAGCACGAUGAUGCGCAGCGAAGGUAUAACCUUUUGGAAUUACCUGCUUCUGGGCUUCAAUCCGGAUAGCAAAGAGGCCGUGGCGAAGCGGUUCGAAUGCGUUCGCAUAUUCAUGGACAUACUGAGCAGCAUAGAACUGAGCUAUAAACAAACCUUUGAUCUGAUCACACGUCUAUCUCAGGAUCUUGUCACGUUUCCCUCUGACCAGCUGGCCUGGAUUGUAGAGCACUGCAUAGACGGGAUCCGUCAAGGUGACGCCAAGUGCGUCGGUUGGAAGGACUUGCUGCCAGACGCUCUUUCGCUGCUUUUGGCGAGGCCACGGUUUCUUCUACAUGGUAUCUCUAUGGAUGGUACUGAGUUCAGAGACACCACCGUAAGAAGCAUUGCCACCAUGCAAUGGCCAGCCUCGAUCCUUACUCCAAUUGCAGACAUGUUCAAAUCCAUGAAUCUUAACUGUGGUGAAAUCUUGAUGGUCCUCAACAAAUUCUCUGGCACCCUACAGGAACUGUCGCCCAUGGAACUGCCAGCAUUAUGCUUCCAGCUCUUUUCAAUAUGCAACACUGCAGCACAGUUAAUUAUUCCUUUGCUGGCCCUGGAUAAAUAUUUUCAUCGAAAUUUCUACAAAAGACUGUUCUCAGACAUGUGUAGCAAUUCCACAAACUUGGACAGCAUUGACUCUUUUUCGGACAAGGAAUUAAGAGAGGCCGAAGAGACUAUUCUGCAUCAUUUGAAUUACUGCACUAUGUAUAAGCUAACUGAAAAACAUUUGUCGAUAAUGUUCAGGAACUUUCUGCAUAUGCCCGAUGUGAUCCUAACUCCUUUUAUGCUAAGUGCUAUUAUUUCGAUGACUAGCAUUAAUCGUGACCCAGAGUCUGCUAGGAUCUCGCACUCUAUUUUGCUACCUUUUUUGCGUAAAGUUAUCAAGAACAAUGAAGAAGAGCGAUCAUUAUCCAUCUACUCUGUAUGGUAUCGCGAUACAUUGCAGCGAAAACAAGUCGAUCUGCAGCAAGUAUUCGCGGUGCUCAUAGAUCAGAAUAAAGACGGGAAGGAUGUGAUUACACCUGGGCUUGUGCACCUGAUAUUUUAUUUGCUAAAAUCGCAAUCACCAAAAAUGCACACAUUAGCUAUAACAUUCCUUACAAAGUUUAUACGGAAACGAUUCAUUUUUGGUCAGGGAAUUAUAAAACUUAUUUCAGAGUGGAUGAUAGUAUAUCAGGAUCAAAACCAGUUUUCAGAAUGUCUUACACUUUUAAGUGUGGCUGAUACGUACACAGUCUCCGAAUGCAUGAAACCCAUUCAAUCCGUUAUGGAGCACAUGCAAUGGUUAUCUGGUGAGCAAUCCAUGCGCAUGAUGAACUUUAUUCUGCCUUUGCUAAAGAUUUCCAAUCGCGUUCGCGAUGCACUAAUUGAUGUGCUUUGCAAGGCUAUGGGCUCUAGUGGUAUUCAAAAACGUCGGAUGGCCAUUUAUGGGUUCUGUAUGAUACUGAAACAGCUUAACAACAGCAAUGCAAUGCGCCAAACCUCAAGUGCCACCAGCUUCUGCACACAACACAGCAUUUCGGGAUAUUCCAUUAUGACACAGAACACACUAGGAAGUCGCAGUAAUCCUCAGCGAAAUUUCGACAUGCUCACACUGGAAAUUAUUGGAAUGUUACGAAAUUGCCUGCAGCAACAGUUUGAUAUACGAUGCACCCUAUAUGAGAAUCUCCAAAGAGCCGUAGAGCUUAAUGCUAAACUCGUUCCCCACGUUCUGCAAGUUAUUGACUGGCACUUCCGCAGCUUUUUCGACACGCCCUCGGCAGAAGAAGCUGGUGACGAUCUAGACACAGUUUUUCGCAUACGUUACGAUCAACUGGUGAGCUCCAGCGAUGAUCAACAUAUGGAGAUUCAACUUAAAGAUAACCUGGGCAAGUUAAUUCAAUUUGUAGCCAACUGUUUGGCUAUUUUCGAACGAGCUCCAUCGGGCUACGACACUCGUGAGAUUAAUAGGCUAAUUCGCUUUUGUGUGGAUCGUAUGGUGGCCAACAGAUUGCCAUUGGAAGACAUUAAACCUCCAGCAACACAUCUUAAAUGUGCUCUCGUUUUGCAACAGCUUAAUAUUAUUGAAGGGAUAAUUUGUCACACAUUGCUUAGAUCUAAACCACAGAACGAUGCUGUUUCUCAAAUUUUACCGCUAUUCAACCAGCAUUGUAAGCUCAUGGAGAGUCUAAAGGCACUGUCUGAUUCUUCUAAGAAAACCUAUAAGCAAUUAAAGCAGUCGGCGAAAAACAAUAGUACUUCAUCAUGUAAUUUGACUAUGAACGGUGUCCCAGUAAAGACCAUGUGUACGCAGCCUGAAAAUAUUUGGGAUUUGGCCAUUCUAGAUAAGUUGCUGCAUCUACUGCUUGAUGACAUCGUUUCCUUUGCUGCUCCUGAAAAAACUGUUCUCUUACGGUCUAAUCAAGCUCUCGUUCGUUAUGUUUUAUCUGUAACGGCCAACAGAGUGGAAUCCAUACGCCAAGAGCCUGAUUACAAGCAAUUAGCCUACAGCAAACGCACUUUUAAGCAGUUGACGGACAUAACAAAAGUAAUUUAUGAACGCUGCAUUCAUCGUUUGCCAGAGUUGUGGGCAGACUUCGAUAUGCAGAGCUCAGCCCUAGCUUCUCAGUGCUUUACGGAAUGCCUAAGAACGGCACAUGAAAUUUAUUCCAAGAAGUUCGAAGAAUUUGUCAAGGCUUUUGAUAUGGCAUCUAUUAAGGGAAACAGAAACAAGGAAGUGAUUUACGUCCUUCAGGAUAUUUUAGACGAGUUUAUGAAGGAAUAUGGCAGUGAUGAAUCUAUUUGUAAAGAUGAGUUUAUUUCAAAAGUACCAGUUUGUCUUUUGGAGUCACUUGAAAUUCUGUUAGAUCACAUAGACUAUGAUGAUCGUGCCGCUACCGAAUCGUUCACUUGGAUCCUAAACUUUUGCAGCAAAAACGAAAUUCUUAAUAGUGAGAUGGGUUCGGUGCACAGAAUGCUAUUCAUUCAGCGGCAAAAGACCCAUUUGGGUCCCUUUUUUGAAAGUGUUGCUAGACAAUUGGGUCACGUACUUGGCGUUCAAAAUGAAGACACGCCAUCAGAUUCAAUGGAACUAAGUUUGAAGUCGAUAAGUACGGUGACUGCCGAGAGUUGUUUGCAGCAUCUGUAUACAGCCGUCCAAAAGCAGCUAACCGAUGUGGAAUACUUUGUGACGAAGGCAAAUAAUUUAAGUUACAAAUGCCAAGUGGUUCCUGAAAUUGACCAAAUAUAUUGGCGAGGCAAUCUGGAUGCUAUGGAUCGUUCAAUUUGUACACAAAUAAUACAUAUAUCUCGCACUUUGCUUGUGCUUACCAAUGUUUGUAUUCCAUUGGGAUCUUCUAUGGAUGGACUAAUGAAAUUGCUAAUCCAACACUACACUUGUUUGAAAAACCUGGCCAAGCACUAUAUAUCGAGCUACACAUCAGACUCAAACAUGGAAAACAUUCGUAGCACUAAAUUUGAGCUGCUACUGCGAGAUGUAGGUAAGCAACUUCCAACCAAUAUUUACGAGCUUAUUACUUAUAUAGAAGCUAACACACUUGAUGAAGAAGCACAACAGCUUACCAAAAAGCGAAAUGUUCAGACAGAGCGAGCCAAAGUCUUGAGAGAGACACGUCUAAUUCCCAAGGUUAUAAUGGUUAUCGAGGACUUCAACAAGCACAUUAUCCUACUGUCGAAGAAGACUAAAAGCAAGAAUAGGCUUACAGAUUACCUCCACUUGGGAACCAUGCGUGACUUUGAUAUCAAAUCAACAGAUCUGAGAGCGGCUAUAGAGCGGAGUAUUUCGGAUGGUCGCAACAUUUCCGUAGAAGACAGCAAUGCUGAGGAUCAAGAUCAAGACGAGAAUGAGAGUGAAGAUGAAGAUAAAGAUGAUGAUGCUCAAUCCACCACAUAUCCUGAGGAAAUUGAAGAGGAUGAUGUUGUAAACGUUGUUGUAGAGAAAAAAGGACAGCGGAGGAGACGUGCUCUUAGCAGUGAAACGGAGGACAUUGAACCUAAAAGAAAAAGAAGCCACAAAGCUUCCGAAAAGCAAGGAGACAACAUUCAGUGUGAAAACCAAGAGGAACCUAAUGAAGAGCAACCUGAAACGACUUCAAAAUCGAAGCGACCCAAAAAAGAUUUUAAAGUUCUGCUAAAAAAACCAGCAAAGCCUUUAGAUGAGGAAAAAGCCACCAAAAAAUCUAACACUCGGUCAUUGGGUGAGAAUAGCACUACUAAAAAGUCCAAUGCGAAACUUAAAAAACAAACAGCAGAACCAGUAGAAGAACUUCGAAAGCCAGACGAACAGGAUGAAAAGAAAAAAUCCCAGGCUAGCCGGAGACUGGGUGUCCGUCGAAACAUGAAAAAUUAAUUUUUAUCU